AUGACGCUGACUUCGACUUAUUCAGCAACAGCUGCUACCGUGUCCGGUGUCCGGAGUCCCACCGCAAAUAAGAUCACGCUACCUCCAAUUUCGUCGUUCGACCACACCAUCAGAAGUGCAGAGUACCAUCAUGUUCCCAUCAACCUAGCCUUACAGUCUUUGUCAUCUUCUGGUCUCAGUACGCCGUAUGGGUCGUCAAGACAGAACUCCGCCGUCUCGCUAGACUCCACCUUCUCUCAUGACACAGUUGCCUCCAGUGUCGUGUCAUCGAUGAGUAACUCCUCAUAUUCAGCUAAAUCCAGAUCCCAUUCAUUGUUAUGCCUACCAUCGACAAAGAAUGGAUACCAGGGUGCCUUCCAAAAACACAAUAACCAAUUCAUAUUGAGUAGUAGCGGUUCGUCAGAGAGUCUCGAUGGUCAGAAUUCAAUUGUGUCGCCAGCAUCAGUGGACAAUAAAGUUUCCAAAAAACAAAGAAAGAAGAAAGAGUGUCAGAUAUGCCAUAACUUCUAUGCCAAUUUGUCGACCCACAAAUCGACCCAUCUGACACCAGAAAAUAGACCACACAAAUGUGAUAUCUGUGGUCAUGGGUUUGCGAGGAAUAACGAUCUUAUUAGACAUAAGAAAAGACACUGGAAAGAUGAAUUUUCUCUAGGUACUGGUACAAAUACACAGUAUAAAUACUCGGACACUGAACCUUCAAAGGAAAUCAAAUUCGAUCAAUUGAAAUCGUUACACUCAAUUAAAGGAAGUUUCAGAUGCCCUUUCAACUCUACGCUGAUCAAAUUAGAUAUGGAGCUUUAUUCGUACAAGUCAAUGGAUUUGAAUUUUGAUACUUCAAACUGUCAUCAAACUGGUAUAUUCUCUCGUUGCGAUACUUAUAAAAAUCAUUUAAAAGCUUUACAUUUCGAAUAUCCUCCAGGAACUAAAAAAGUUAAUAGGUCAGCAGUAGCUGGAAGAUGUAGACAUUGUGGUAAAAAAUUCCCAAAUGUCAAUUACUGGUUGAAAAAUCAUGUAACCAAAACAUGCGGUUACUCAUAUCAUUAA